AUGACGAGAUCAACAAUAGCGCGGCCGAUACGGCAAGCGCUUUCGAGACCAUUGGUCCAACAACCGAGAAAUGCUUUGGCUGGUAUCGUGGGCGCUCGCUCACAAGCAUCAGUCGCCGAUCCCGAGUCUAAAUCUAAGUCCGGACCUCCUCAGCUAGUAAACGAACUCCCGGACCCUCGCGAAGAGAACCAACCCCGACUCCCUAGAGCCGUCCAAGCUCUUUACCUCCAACCGCUACGACGAGAAACCGAAUAUGGUGUUCCCACGUGCGAUCUACAGUUGCGAUCUUUUAGUAUUCCAAAUCUCGAGUUUUUUUGCGACUUUGCGCUACGAGCUGCAUAUUAUCUAAAUCUCCCGGCGUUCGGACCGGUCCCCCUACCCAAAAUAACGGAAAGAUGGACAGUGCCAAGAAGUAAUUUCAUUUUCAAGAAGUCACAGGAGAACUUCGAAAGAAUUACGAGGAGGAGAUUGAUACAGAUCAGAGAUGGACACCCAGAGACAGUACAGAUCUGGUUGGCAUAUCUACAAAAGCACGCAUACUAUGGUAUUGGUAUGAAGGCGAACGUAUGGGAGUUCUCUAGCCUUGAAACCGGUAAGAGCCUAGAUGGAGAGUCUAAAUCAUUACAGGAGAUUGUCGCGAAGAAGAUGGAGUCUUUUGGAAGAGACAAGACACUCGGGACAGUAGAGAAAGUAAAGGAAUUGCUAGCAAGCGAGAGGCCUUUAGUCGGCUCAACGAGAAGGCGGAUUUUACGCUCAGCAGUACGAUCGCAAAGACGAAAUGAGUCCACCACCAUCACUACCAGCAAUAUUGGUAAUGAACAAAAGGUAGCGCCAGAAAGCAAAAGGAAGAGAAAUGUCAUCUUCUCAGGGAUCCAACCCACAGGUGUGCCUCACCUAGGCAAUUACUUGGGUGCGCUACGGCAGUGGAAGCAAUCACAAGAUGAUGUAGAAAGCUCGGGGUCUGGAGAUAAACUACUCUUCUCAGUUGUGGAUCUACACGCCAUAACUAUGCCACAAGACGCCCCCGUGUUACGUCUACGUCGACGAGAGAUGCUCGCUGCGCUAUUAGCUAUUGGGCUUGACCCGGAUAAGGGAUCUACGGUAUUCUAUCAGAGUUCUGUCCCUCAGCACACGGAACUUAUGUGGAUUCUAAGCUGUACGGCAUCAAUGGGAUAUCUAGGUCGAAUGACUCAAUGGAAGAGUAAACUUCAAAUGGAUAAUAAACAGGGCUAUCUUGAAGAUGCUGCCAUGUCCAAGCUAAAAUUGGGGUUAUUCUCGUAUCCAGUGCUUCAAGCCGCUGACAUCUUGGUACAUCGCGCCACACAUGUCCCUGUGGGUGAGGAUCAACAGCAGCACCUGGAGUUUGCGCGGGAGUGUGUUACCAAUUUCAACCAUACAUUCAAGGACAUUCUCGUCUCACCUCAAACCAUGACUACCCCCUCACCCCGCGUAAUGUCCCUAGUGCAACCAACCAACAAAAUGUCCAAAUCCUCGCCAAACCACCGCUCACGGAUCCUCAUCACCUCCCCACCAGACGAGAUCCGCUCCCGUAUCAUGGGCGCCGUAACCGACAGCCAAAACGGCAUAACCUACGAAUCCGACGAGCGACCCGGUGUGGCUAAUCUACUCGAGUUGCUUUCGCAAUGCGGGCCCCGCGACUCCACCGCAAAGCGACUCUCCCCUCAGGAAUUAGCGAUUGAAUACGCAGACGCCAGUUUGAAGGAUCUCAAACAAGACGUAUUAAAAGCAGUAUGCGCCGAGCUAGAAGGGGUUCGGGAGCGGUUUGAUGAUUUACUCCAUCGUAAGGGUGGAAAGUGGCUGGAUGAAGUCGAGGCCGAAGGAGCGGAAGAAGCGCGACGAAAUGCGGAGGCGACGAUGAAACUCGUUCGACAUGCAGUAGGAUUAGGUCCCCGACCAAGUUAG